CUUCGUUCAAUCACAUCCGUUCUUUCGCACUUUUCCCCUGCAGCUAGUGCAUGCUGCAAUGUUAAAAUGGAAAGAUGGGGCCAAAAGAAGCAACCAAGCCGGUGGAUCCAGUCGGCGGCCUGUCUUUACGACCCGACUGCUGUAAGGCUGGGGUGAUGCUGCCCUCCUCUGUCAGAUCAAUUUCCAAGGUAUCGGUACUGCAGAGGAAAACGGUCAGCAGAGAUCUCGGUAUACAUAUAUCGGCAACCCCGUCACUGAACCUUUCUUUUACUGGGUGCGUUUUUGUUAAUUCCUAAUUGUUCCUCGUUCCCAUCCAGCUUCACGAUGAUCCUCUCGAAGCUAGUCUUGGUCCUGCUUGCAGGGUUGGUAACUGCUCACCCUGGUCAGUCCUGCUCCGAUGAAGAUGCGGCCAGGAUACGGAAAUACGUGGGGAAGAACUGGCACCACGCGCUGGGAUCGACAUGCGCGUGUGAGACUUUGACAAGAGAAUUUUCAGAGAAGGUACUCCACCCAGGAUCAAACAAUUAUACGACAGAAGCGAAAGCCUAUUGGGACGUCAGAGAGGAUCUUUCUCCGAAAUGUAUCUUCAUUCCAGGCAAUGCGCAUGAAGUGGCAAAAGGAGUCAUUGUUUUGACGGCAUGCAAAUCUCAGUUUGCGGUUCGAGGGGCAGGGCACAUGCCGGUCAAAGGAGCUGCAAAUACCGAUGGUGGCGUCCUCGUUGCUCUGAAUUCAUUCAAAAACUAUACAAUUCUGCCCGAGGAGGGAAUUAUGGAAGCUGGUCCAGCUCUGAAUUGGGGUCAGGUGUACUCUGCAUUGGUGCCUUACGGGAAAAUCGUUAUUGGAGGUCGCCUCAAAGAUAUUGGAACGGGUGGCCUCACUCUCGGUGGGGGCAUCCACUACUUCACCAACAAGUACGGCUUCGCAAUGGAUAACGUCGUCUCGUACGAGGUUGUGACGGCUGAUGGAAAAAUCGUGGAUGCCAGUGCAACCUGCAACCCAGAUCUGUUUUGGGCUUUGAAAGGCGGUUCCAACAACUUCGGAAUAGUGACCAAGUUCACUUACAAAACCUUCGAUGUUCCCGUUGUCAGCACCCAAUUCUCCAUUUACGCCGAAGCUGCCCUUCCUGCUUUCAGUAAAGGCAUUGCUGGUCUCGGUCAGAUGGACGACGCAAACCCUAUCGGCGCAGGAGGAACUUUCAGUCUCUUGUGCAAUGUGACGGGUGGACCUGGCCUUUUGCAGAUACUCGGAGUUCAAGAAGGGGCAACGACGUCCCAGUUUGCAAAUUUCUCGUCGAUUCCAGCCGAAGCGACCUUGCUGAAUGUCAAUAAUGUCACUACGUUGGCCCAGGCUUCUACCAUCCUCAGCCUCAUUCCUUACCAAGCAUCCAGGUGGACCUUUGGAGCAAAAAGUAUUGUCGGGAUUGACGCUGACAACAUCGUCGAAAUGUACCAGAUGCUCAAGACCGCCGUAGUCCCAAUGGCGAACAUCACCGGCCUCAAUCCGACCAUGACUUUCCAGCCGAUACCAAAGAGUGCCGCAGCAGUAGCAGCACACAAUGGCAUUGGGAACACCUGGGGCGUCGAUGAUAGCACCCCUCACAACUGGUGGCUUAUCACAGUAUCAUGGCAAAACGCCAGCGACGACGAAGUAGUCCUCGCCUGGCACAAAAAGACUCUCGAAGCCAUCCACGCCUCCAACAAAGCCAAAGGCAUCGCUUCCGACUUCAUCUACCUAAACGACGCAGCGGACUACCAGAAAGGCUACGACGGUAUUCCGACGGCUAAUCUGGCAAGAAUGAAGAGCACCAGGGCAAAAUAUGACCCUGAUUUAGUCUUCACGAAGCUUUGUAGUGGAGGGUUUAAGUUGGAUUGAGAGAGGGAGAGAGGUGGGGCCGAAGUAGAGAUUGCAUUAUGUAGGCGGGAGUUGGCUUGGUGAGGGUUUAGGCUUGAGUUAUACUAAUGCCCAUGGCUUAGCCUGGUGCUAUUCUCCGUCUUGCUUACUUUGCGUUCGAGAGGCGAUGAUGAUAGGAGAGUAAGAUUCGGAAGUCCCGUUAUGUCCAGUUACUUGCCAUCGCAAAGUCUUCUUUGAAGGGCGUUUGCCUGAAUACAAUGGACUGAGAACUUGGUAACGGCACUGGAACAACAGCGACUCGCCGGCACUUCUCUGUAUAAGGCAUUCUGGUUGGGGUUUCAAGCCCGAGAGGAGGAUGCUACUGAUGCCCUCAAGUCCCCGGACUAUUGAAC